CACAAGUCACAAGGCAGUGGUGGUGUUAGCAAAACCCAAAAGGCGAAAUGGCUUCCUCCAUGGUCUCCUCCGCCACCGUGGCUACAAUCAACCGUGCUACCCCGGCUCAGGCCAACAUGGUGGCCCCCUUCACCGGACUCAAAUCUUUGUCGACUUUCCCUGGCACCCGAAAAGCCAACACCGACAUCACCUCCGUCGCUAGCAAUGGUGGCCGAGUUCGCUGCAUGAAGGUUUGGCCUACAGAAGGGUUGAUGAAGUUCGAGACUCUCUCAUACCUCCCACCCCUCAGCGACGAACAGCUAUGCAAGGAAGUGGAUUACCUUCUCCGCAUGAACUGGAUUCCUUGCUUGGAAUUCACCAAGCUGUACCCAUACCCCCACAGAGAGCACAACAGAUCUCCAGGAUACUACGACGGAAGGUACUGGACCAUGUGGAAGCUGCCCAUGUUCGGGUGCACUGACUCAGCCCAGGUGAUUAAGGAGGUGCAAGAAGCCAGGACCGAGUACCCUAACGCCCACAUCCGAAUCAUCGGAUUCGACAAUAACCGCCAAGUGCAAUGCAUCAGUUUCAUUGCCUACAAGCCCAGCUGAUCCUGUUUCCGCAAUAUUUGAUGUCCAUGUUUUUUCACUCUCAUGUUUAGGACCCUUGUGGAAUUUUAUUUUUUGUGUCUGUUUUUGUUUUUUCUUUGCUUAUUCGAAGUCUCCGAUGGAGUAAUGCAAUGGAAUAUUGUAUGAGGAUAUGGUGUAUCAUCAUCGUCGGAUGUUUUAAUCGUUGGUGGCCAUGUAAACGCCACCACUUUUAAUAAUACCUAUGCUCUUUGCUUUCAGCUUUAUA